GCUGUGAAUUGACUAACCUUUCGAAAUCAAGGUUUGCGAGAUUGGUAUAGAGAAUGGGGAAAUGUAGCAGUUAUCAAAUAAAAGUUAGCUAAUACACACGUUCUGGAGCUCUAGAGCUGCUAGAUAAGUUAUCAGUGAAUUAAAGUUACAGUAUUCGUUUGUGUAUACUCAAUGUCCUCGGUAAUGGAUGAUAUUUACGAACUAUUAGAUAGUUAUAACGGACGCGACAAGGUUGUCCGUCUGGCAUGCUAUGCUUGCAAGUUGUAUGGUUGUGUACAAGGUGAGAAGUCAUGGCAGGUUGCUGGUUCACGACUUUCCAAUGCAAGGAUGAUGCUUAGACUGUUUGAUGACAUUCCGAUGAUCAGACACACAUAUAAUUAUGGCUUAGGAAAACAUGAAUCUUCAAAAAUCGCAGCACUUCUGGGGGUCCUUGCCAAUAUAGUGGACCAGGCUUUUUUGCCAGUUGAAAAAGCUUGCUGGCUCCAUGACGUUGGCAUUAUCAAGUUGUCAUCAGCUACAGCAGACAGACUUGAAAUAUUGAGCACAGCGCUGUGGGCGGGAAGUCUUUACAUAUCUUUAAUACAAACAUUCCGGUCAAUGCGGCAUGUCUGGUGGAGCAGGGAUUGUCUCAGUGCCGAUGACGCUUGUGAAGCGAGGAGGAAUCUCGACGCCAGGCUUAUGAUCCAAGCGAUAACUGCUGGGAAACUGUGUUUAGAUAUCACUCACGCUGUCAGCUGUCUUCCAUCCGGGUGCCUGUGGGGGGAAAAGAUUGGUGGAACCAAAGUAUCGGCUAUUGCAACGUUUUCUUCGGUGAUCGGCAUAAGUUUAUAUUUUGCUAGGAAACGACUUCUCAAGUAAUAUUUUUUCAGAAAAUUAAUGAUGUAUUACAUUUGUAAUGUAUUACAACAUUAAUCUAAGCUAGUUAUAAUAUAAAAAAUGAACAAUAUGUACAUAAAUUGUCUUAUUAUAUAAAAAAAUUAAAUGAACACUUUCUUUUUACUCAUAAGUAUUGCCUUUUAGAAAAACUAACGACUGACUUGAAUUAUUUUGAGAAAUAAUAUUUGACAAAAAAUACAAUGUAAAGUUUUAGACACUUUUGAAUAUGAAUAAAUAUAAGAAUAUUUAUUUUAUAACACAAAUUCAAUUUUCAAGUGAUAUUCUAGUGAUAAGUGGUACGUCUUUACCUUUUGAAAACGUGAAACACUAAUACGUCGACUAUCGACUACUAUUCCCUAAAUCUUUAAAAAAAAAAACAAAAAUAUUUAUCAUGUUCUGGUUAAUAUUAAUAGUGAUUGACACAACUGAACUUAUCUUGUGUUAUGUAAAAAUACUUUACUGUUUUUAAUUUGUAUUUCAUUAUAGUAAUUACAAUCUUGGACAUUUCUUUAUUGUUUUUAAUCUGUGGUUAAUUUUAAUUUUUAAUGACAAAAAAGUUUACUACUGUAUUGUUAUUUUAUUUAUUUUUUUGAUAAAAUCAAUAAUAAUUAUACGGGUAGUUGAUUUUACUGAAAUCUAGUACAAAUUAAAAUGAAUGGGUGUUCUUUAGGGUCUUAAAGGUAACAAUGGAUUGAUAAAAAGUUCUUACACUGGCAACAAAGGUAUUUAAUGUCUGUAAAUAUAUAUGUAUUUAUAUGGUUUUUUAUUGAACAUUAUAUGGUUGAUCUAGGACAAUAUAACAGUCAGUGUACAAUAAUUACCAAAUAAAUAUUCUCAGUUAAUGUCAUCAGUAAUUUAUUAUUCCAGACUGUUUUUUUUAAUUUGUUACUGUAAACAGUGUGUUUAUAACUUGUGACAUAAUUUUCUCUUGUUUAUAUUUUGUAAAGCUUCUAAGGGCAUACUGAACAAUACUUGUACUAGUACUUUCUUGCGGUUUUUGUCUAUUUCACAAUUUUUCUAAACCAUUCUGUUAAUAUU